AUGUUAAUUGGACAAUGGGAGAGUGGUCUAAGAGUGAAGUUCAGCGUUGGGCUACGCCCUGGCACGGACUUCUUCUUCCCGAUCCCGCGCACGCUGGAGGCGGCGGAAUCCGAAGGCUGGAGUGCGGUGGCUCGGCCCACGGGACCACUGCCCAGCCUCACCAUGUACUGCCCCGACGACAGGGUUGUGUGCGCGCUGUUCGACGACGACGGCAAUGUUGCCGGCUUGCAAAUCUCCAUGUCCAAGGACGAUAUUUCUGGUUCCGCGCUGGACUGGAUUACACAAGGGUUCACCGAAUGGACCGCGACCACGGCAGCUGGAGAGACUAAAGAAUUCUGGUCUAUCCAACAAUACUUCGUGUCAGACGCGACCCUGAACAUGAGCAAGGAGGAUCGCAUCCGUGCUUUCGAGCGGUCCUUGAUGCGCGAAGGAGCCGUUUGGGUCUCUGGCUUCAACGGCGAGUUGAUGAAGAUCUCUAACAAGGCUGAUGACAUCGCUGACAGCGUGUUCACACGCCAAGCAUGCAUCCCUUGGAUGGGCCGUCACUACUACUACAACAUGACGUCGGAGACCACCUGCACGGCAGACACCCUACUACCUUGGUUCCCGAUUGUGCACUCCGAUGAGCUCAUCGCCAUGGGCCUGAUCAUGCACGGCCAGAAUUCGGCUAAGGACGGCGGAAGGGACUGGUACGAGAGGCCAAGCAAAAUUGCCGUUCAGGCUAUCGUCCCCGACGGCCCUGAAUGCCUUUAUAACAUGGCUUCCACUCCCGGCAUUGUCACCAUGCACAUAUACUACGUCGAAAAACCGUGGUUCAUCGGUUGCUUGACGAAC